AUGUCUGAAACACCUCGAGUUGUUCCUCUAACAUGUCAUGGGCACUCACGCCCUGUCACUCAUUUGAGCUUCUCUUCUAUUGUCGACGAUGAUCAGUACUAUCUCAUCUCCGCCUGUAAAGACAACAAUCCUAUGCUGAGAGAUGGCAUCACAGGCGAUUGGAUCGGAACUUUCAUCGGGCACAAAGGCGCCGUCUGGUCGUCGAGGUUGUCAUCGGAUGCCAGACUUGCAGCCACAGGCUCCGCUGAUUUCACUGCGAGAAUAUGGGACCCACAGACUGGAGAAUGCCUUAACAUCCUUGAGCACAACCAUAUUGUCCGCUCUGUCGCAUUUCCUAUCCAGAACAAACCACAAUGUGUCGCAACUGGCGGGCAGGACAAAAGGCUCAAAAUCUUUGAUCUAACGAGAGGUGGCAGCGCUGCAUCACCCACCCAAGCGGAUUCUUCUACUCCAGUGACGCCCACCACGACCUCCGACGGUCUAGAAAUCGGACCCGGCGAACAUGGGGGAACGAUCAAGUCUAUCAUCUGGAACGUCGACUACAACAUCUUGACCACUGCGUGCGAGGACAAGACUAUUCGCUGGUGGGAUCUCCGAACCCAGCGUAUGAUUGCAAGCUUCAAGACGGAGCGUGAGAUUGGUUCAUGUGAAUUGUCCACUCAUCAAUCAGGCGACCCUAAUCCAGGAAUCAUCAGUGUUUCAAUUGGUCACUCUGCACUGUUUUUCGAUGCUGGACGGCCGGGCGAACUAAUCAAACAAGUCAACUUCGACCAUGAUAUUUCCAGUGUGGCAAUCAAUGCUACAAACGGUCGCUUCAUCACUGGCGGAGCCAAGGAGACAUGGGUCCAUGUUUGGGACUUUGAUCAAGAGAAGGAGCUAGAAGUUCUCAAGGGCCACCACGGGCCAAUUUGGUCGUCAUCGUUCUCCCCUGAUGGCAAGCUAUUUGCGACUGGGAGCGAAGACGGUACCAUCAAAUUAUGGAAGGCCUGCAAAGAGCCGUAUGGGCUGUGGCGAUGA